AGAUAUAAAUUAUGAUAAAUCUUAUUGCUUACGCAAUUAUUUAAUUUAAUGGAAUAUUUGCGAAGCAUGAGCAUGACGUGACAAUCAUUUUAAUAGAUUUAAUCAAUUAAAUGUUUAACGAAAUACAAAUCAUUAGUUGGGAUUCACUCAUGGGAUCUCCCGAGUCCAUAUCGAGUAAUGUGUCGAUUCUGACGUCAUUGUAUUUUAUUGUCAUAAGUAAUAACAGAGUAAUGACCUCUCAUACAGAUAGAUUCUACAGAAAAAUUAUACCAUGUUUUAAUACGUUGUUGAUUGUUCGUUUUAACACAGGAGCAAGCAGUUUUGAAACAAUUUGCACUUGGAAUAGUUUCUGGCUGCUUGCACAAAAUUUGUAGGUACUUUUUGAUAAAAAAAGUAAAUGUUCUAUUUUUUAAAUAAAUCAUAUUAUUGGCAAAUUUAUUAGCAAGUUUUCCCUUUGUCAAAUAUACAGUACGACUUUUACAUGAAAUAAUGACAUUUUGAGAAUAUCUUUAUUCGUUAAAAGUGAUUACCAAGAUGAAUACAACAUGUACUUCAUCGAAUUCUUCUAUAUCAGUAUUGAUAUCAAAUUUAUUAAAACUAGGAUUAUUUGAAACAAUAUAUGCUAAGAGCAAUUCAGAUCCAUGUUCGAAAGCAAAUUCUCCGAGAAAAGAUCCGUGUGCAUCUUCACCGCCUCCGCCGUCUACACCAUCUGUAGACAGAUGUGCUUCGGGUGAUGCUCCUUCGCCUCGUAAAUGUUCAUGUAACAUGCCCGAGAACAAUAAAAAUAAUAAAUGUACAGUCGGAGAUCGGGGCAAAACUGGGGCUGGGGUUACAGGAUCACGUACCGGACGUGUUGUUGAGAAAGAUCCCGAUGUUCUGCCUGCAGGAGCAACGAAUCCGGGUCUCCUACGCUAUAUACAUAAUGCAGCACGCUACCGUCUGCCUCAAUGUUUUGAAGGAGGCUGUGUAUCUGUCAAACAGAAAUCUAAAAACAAUUGGGUUCUGGGCCAUUCAUUGUCUUUUAGUUCGGUGUCUCCGGGCGGUUACAAAGUGCUGCUCUCCUAUGUCGAUAAGAAGAAGCCUGUAGGAAUUCCAUAUUUUGUGAUGGAAGCCGCUCCUGGUGGUCAAAUGAGCUGCGAAAUGCGAGUAGGGCCAAGUCAAAGCACCCGAGCCACUAUUGUUGCCCAAAUUGCCGAUGCUGAGUUUUACAGCUUUGAGAGCAUUUUUGAUGCAUAUUUCAAUAGUUUCACCGCAUCUAUAAUUGCAGUGAACCGCGAGUUUAUUGCUGUUCAUUAUUUACAGGCAAUAACUGAACAAAUAUCUCUCGGUGCGGAGGUGGUGGCCCGCGGGCACGUUGCAGAGCUCAGCUCCGCGUCGGCUGCCAGCCGCUGGGUCGGCGAGGACCAAUCUGUAAGCGCCACCCUCGGGAACAGAGGCUUGGAUCUCUGUUAUGCUAGAGUCAUUAAACCAUAUCUUACAGUAGCUGCGAUGCUUGAGGUUGGAUUCGCAAUUCGCCGCGCUGUUGCCACUCUGGCUUACGAAUGGCACACUGAUGAGUGGACAGUGCGAGGUUCUGCAGACUCGGACGGUCUUGUUGGAGCCACGCUUCAGCGCGCUCUUGGAGGGAAGAAAGCCCAGCUUGCAUGUGCCAUCUCCGCACUUCUUAACCACCCCAACGACAAAUUUAGACUCGGAUUUGGAAUCACUGCUGCCAUUAUUUGAUAAUAAAAAGUAAUUAUACUUAAAUGUUUUAUAGCUAAAGUCACUUAUAUUUUUAUUAAUUGAAACUAAACGGUAGGUACUAUUUUCUUUGUAUCAUUAUUAAAUUUGAGGCUUGUUAUUUUUAAAUGUUUGUGUUACUAAUUUUAGAUACGUACUUUAGAAAUAAUUUGUUAGUAUACUUAUAUUGUUUAGGAAAUUUCAUAGGUU